AUGUGUUUAUCUCUUAAGAACUUGCUAUAAAGGUUUGAUAUUUUUAAUAAUAUCAUUGCUUUAAAUGGAAAUGAGAAGGUGUAUUGUGAUAAAGUCGAAGCAGCUUAGAGUUUAUGUACUUACAUAUCAGGAACAACAUGUACAGAAUAAAAGCAGUGUCAUGAAUAUCGUGUAACCAAUAAUUAAGCAUCUAUUUGUGCAACACUAACAGAUGGAAAAAGUAAAUGUGCAUAUAUUUCUGGUAAUAAUUGUGUCAAAUUGGAUACUUGUAAAAGUUAUGAUGGAACAGGUACACCAAAAAUGGGACCUACAGAAGGUUCAGAAGAGACAGAAUGUAAAGCAGUUAAAUCAUCCGAUGGUUAUCCAUGUAUUAUGGAUUCUGCUAAAAAAUGCAGAACUUAAGUUUGUACAGAUAAUGAUGCAAGUGCUACAGAUUGUCUCUAUUAUUCCAAUAAAUGCAUAAAAAAAGUAAGUUGUGCAAAUCAUACACCAUAAGGUGAUGAUUAUGCAGCUAAAUAAAUAUGGUGUGAAGGUGUUGAGAAUGACACAGGAGAUUUUUGUGCUUGGGAUUCAGCUAAUUCGAAAUGUAGAGAUAGAUUUUUUUGUAUCCAAAAAAUGUGGUUGGUUGAACAAUGCUUGUAAGGAAUUGUCUUGCUCAGAUUUAACAGGAGCUUAUUAUAAUACUGAUGCUAAUUGUGCAGCAGAACUAUCAACAUGCAUUAGUAAUAGAGUUGAUGCUUGUAUAACUAAAUAUGAAUGUAGUAAACUUUCAGGAACAUAAUCCACUUGUUUAAGUUAUCCAGGUUAUUGUACUAAUUCAUCAACAGCUACUGAUACUACUCCUUGUGUAUAAAGAAAAUGUUCAGAUAAUACAGAAGCAACUGAUAAUGCUACAUGUGCUUCAUUCUUACCUGGAUGUAUUAGUAAUGGAAAAGGUUGUGUUGAUUAUACUACUCCAUGUACAUCAAUGAAAGGAACUUAAGAAACAUGUAAUAAGAUAUUUGCUUAUAAGACUGGAUCUAUUGAUAACUUUACAACUAAUUAAUGUUACAACAGUUCAACAGCCACUGAAAAUGAUUUUUGUAAAAUCAAAACCUGCAAAUUAGCAGAAAACUAAAAUGAUGGUACAUGUGGUUCAUUUUUAGACGGAUGUGUCUAUAAUGGAAAUGGAGGAUGUGUUGAUCCAAAAGCUAAUGACACAACUUGUGCAAGUUAUACAGGUGUUUUAGCAUUUUGUGAAUCUGCUAUUGUUGGAAGUAAUAGUUCUAAAUAUUGUUUUGGAACAUCUACAUCAGCUACAUGUACUGUUAGAGCUUGUACAGAUAAUACAACUGCAACAAAAGAUGAAGAUUGUGAGACUUUCAUGACAGGAUGCAUAGCUAAAUCUGAUGGAGGUUGUAUUAGUAGAUAAUCAAGAUCAUGUUCUUAAUAAUCAGGAACUGUUACUACUUGUUCUAAUUUUAGUGGUGGUUUAUUAGUUUCUUCUGUUUGGACCAAAGUUGCAUGCACAAAAUAUGAUGCUUGCUAAGAUAGAUUAUGCUCAGAUAAAACAAGUCCUUAAUCAGCUUAAGAUUGUCUUGAUCAUAAAUCUACUUGUAGAUUCUUUAAGGCUGGAUCUGUAUGCAUUGAUGCAACAGCUUGUAGUAGUUAUAGUCUACCUGAUACUGCAACUUCUGAUUAAUAAAAGUUUGAUUAUUGUACAAGUAUCAAAGAUAACGUUGGGUUAUUAUGUGGUUAUACAUUAGGAGCAACUAAAUGUUCAGCUAGAACAUGUGAAUAAUUCUUAAGCACUUAUACUUCAUUAUCAUGCACUACUUAUUUACAGAAGGAUAUCUCCACUUCAACUGAUGAUACAUGUAAAUUAGCAGGAACCAUAUGUUAUUUACCAAAUAAAGCAGAUUGUGCCUAUAGUUAUACUUCUACUGAUACUACUGAUGCUCUUAAAUUAGCUUAAUGUAGAAGAUUUGUAAAUGACAAAGGAUUUGCAUGUACAUUCAAAACAGGUGAAACUAAAUGUAGUUUACAAGAUAGUUGUGAAAAAUUAAAUAUUUAAACAGAUACAUAAACCUGUAACGAUUCAACUCUUUUUCCAACUAAAGGAGUAUGUUAAAAAGUAACAGAUUCAACUUGUCUCACUAUAUCAGAAACUUGUAGUGAUUACAAAAUAGAUUCUACUUUGACUACAAUUAAAAAAUAAGAAAUAUGUUGGGAAUUGAAGUUGAUUAAAGAUGUAUCAAAAUUAGGAACACCAUAAGCAUUAUAUACAAAAUGUAUUUAUAAGACAGGAAGUGCAUGCGAUGCUAUUUCUGCUUGCUCAGAUAUUAUUUCAGCUUCAAGUUAAGAAUAAUGUGAAUUUUAUUUAUCUGGAUGCUUAUAUUUUAAUGGUAAGUGUUAUGCUAAAGCUGGUUCUGGUAAUUGUCCCUCAACAUUCCCAGCUGGAAUCACAACAGAUACUUAAAAAUCUCUAUAUUGUAGAAGUAUUAAGGAAGACAGUCUACAUUGUAGAUUAAAAUCUGAUAAAACUAGAUGUGAACUUGCAGAUAAUGCUGAUUGUGGUAUAACAAUUCCUAAUUCAGGCAGUUGGGAUUCUAUUAGUGAUUCAACUUCAAAUGCAUUCAAAUCUGCAUUUUGUCUAGCUUAAUCAUACAAAGAUAGAACCAAAUUCUGUAAAUUUACUUCUGGAACAACUUGUAGUGAUGCAACAUGUGCAGAUAUCCCAUCACCAACUAGUUAAGGAGAUUGUGAUAAUUACAUAAAUGGAUGUUUUUAUUUUAAUAACAAAUGUUAUUAAAAAAUGUAGAUCUAAUCUGCUGCUAGUGAUUGUGCUGAUAAUAAUAAAGUACCUAUGGAUUCAGGAUUGUCACCAGCAUAAAAAGUAACAUAUUGCUAAUUCUUUACUACACCUAGUAAAAAUAACUUUUGUACAUUUGAUUAAUAUAAUCCAACUCCUCCAACUUAAUGCGCUGCUGGUGGUACUUGUGAGUCAUAUGAAAAUUUGCCAAACACUAAUGAUACUGAUAAAUUAAAUUAUUGUUUAAGUAAAGUUAGUAUUAUUAAUUCAAAAUGCACUUACACACCUGGUGAAAGCACAUGUAGAAUUUUUGAAUGCUAUGAUAUAAAAAAUCCAACCUCUUAAAUGGAUUGUGAUUAAUAAGCAAAUAUGUUUUAAUGUGUGUAUCUCUUAGGAACAUGUUAUAAUAAGAAUGAUACUUGUGAUAAGAUCCCUGCUUAAAAUGGAAAUGAGAAGGUAUAUUGUGAUCAAGUCCAAUCUGCUGCUCAAUGUACUUAUAUAUCAGGAACAACAUGUGCAGCACAAAAGCAGUGUGAAUAAUAUAGUGUAACCGAUAAUUAAGCAUCUAUUUGUGCAACAUUGACAGAUGGAAAAAGUAAAUGUACAUAUGUUUCUGGUAAUAUUUGUGUCACGUUGAAUAUUUGCGAAAAUUAUGAUGGAAGAGCUGAACCUGAAUUCGGACCUGAAGAAGGUUCAGAAGAGACAUAGUGUAAAGCAGUUAAAUCAACUGAUGGCUAUCCAUGUAUUAUGGAUUCUCCUAAAAGAUGCAGAGCAUAAAUUUGUACUGAUAAUGAUGCAAGUGCAACAGAUUGUAUAAAUAAUGCUCCAAAUUGUCUCUAUUAUUCCAAUAAAUGCAUAACAAAGGACACUUGUGCAAAAUAUACACCAUAAGGUGAUGAUGAUGCAGCUAAAUAAAUAUGGUGUGAAGGAGUAUAGAAUGAUACAGGAGAUUUUUGUGCUUGGGAUUCAGUUAAUUCAAAAUGUAGAGACAGAUCUUGUAGUGAUAAGGCAUUCUAUACAGAUGUUGAUUGUUAAAGUUAUCUUAAAUCUUGUAAAACAAAUGGUACUAUAUGUGUUGCAUAAAGUAGAGCAUGUACUUCAAACAAUGGUUCAGCUGAUUUUUGUAAUACCUUAUUAGAUUCAACAGGAAAAGAUAGAUGUAGACCUAUUUUAACUGCUACUACUACACCCUCACCCUGCACAAUUAGAACAUGUUAUGACAAUCUUACUGCAACAACUGAUUCUGAAUGUGAUACUUAUUUAAGUGGAUGUGUCACUCGUGGUACAGGAUGUAUACCAAAUUCAGAGCCAUGCACAUCAUAUAGAGGAACUAAAUAAUAAUGUGAAUUAUUUAAAAAAUAAACUGGAUUAGAUGAUAAGAAAAAUCCUACUUAUGAAUAUUGUUCUGGAGAUGCUGGAAAUACUGCCACAAGUAAAUGUAAAGUAAGAACUUGUGCAGAUAAUACUACAGCUACAUCUGAUGCUGAAUGUGCUACUUAUAUGAAAGGAUGCAUAACCAAAGGUACAGGAUGUGUUGAGGCAUCUUCAUCAUGUACUGCAUUUAAGGGAGAUUAAGCAACUUGUGCUAAAUUCUUGGGUACUUCAGGUAGAGAUUAUUGUUGGAAUACUUCAACUGCAUUAGUUACAGCCAAUUGUGCUAAAAAAAAGUGCAGUGAUAUUUCAGGUAAAAACAAUAAAGAAUGUAAUGAUGGUAUGCCACCAUUUAAAACUACUGAUGAUCCAUUCUGUGUUUUUGAUGGAACAUCAUGUAUUGAUUAUGGAAAGAAUUGUAAUGCAUUUAAUGGAACUGAAGAGACUUGCCCUACUUAUUUAGGUAAAGAUGGUCCAUGUAAAGCUACAACUGUUGGAACUCUUAAAGGAUCAUGUGCUAAGAGAAUAUGUACAGAAGCACCAAAUACUCUUACAACUGAUGCUGAUUGUUAGAAAUAUCAUAAAGAUUGUUAUACAACUGGUUAUGGAUGUACAAGCACUAAAUAAUGUUUCAAUUUGACAUCAUAAGCUGCUUGUAAAUUAAGAGAAGAAUGCACAUGGGCUAAUUAAUGUACUAAUGCUAUUACUGCAUGUUCUACUUAUAGUAACACUAAUUAUUCAUAAUGCUCAAAUUCUAAAGUGAAUGGUAAGUUCUGUGCUUGGCAAGAAUCUAAUUCAACUUGUAGAGCUUAAGUAUGUGAAGAUCAACCAGCAACAAUUGCUUCUCAUGCUUAAUGUUAAAGCUUUGCUGACAAUUGUACUACAAAUGGAGCUGGUUGUAUAACUAUUUCAACAUGCACAUCAUACAAGACUCAAUCUGUUUGUAUAGCUGCCUCAACAACUAAAGAUGGAGUUGGAAGAUGUGGUUGGGAUGUCACAACAAAUAAGUGCAGAAAUAGAAUUUGCAGUGAUAAGAAUGGUUUAACUGAUGACGAAUGUAAUACUUUCCUAUCAGGGUGUAAAACUAAUGGAUCUGGUUGUGUGGCUGGAGCCUCAUGUACUGAAUUUUCCAAUAAAUAAUUCUGUAUUAAAUCCAACUCUGGACCAUGUCUUUGGGUUAAUGGAUAAUGUUAUGAUUAUGACAGAUGUGAAGAUGCUGUAAAAAAGACUCAUACUGAAUGCUAAGCAUUUUCACCAUUAUGUACAACCAAUGGAGAUACAUGCAUUCCAAUUACAUCUUGUGCCAGCACAUCAUUAAAGGCUUCAUGUGUUGUGGGAACUGAUGGAGCUUGUGGAUGGUUACCUACAGGAAAAUGUUAGAAGUUUGGAUAAUGUACAGAUGCUGUGGCAGCUACAAAUGAUGAAUGUCUCUCUUAUGGUCCAACAUGUAUUACUGAUGGAACAGCAUGUAUAGCUAAAGCAACUUGUAAUAGUUACAAAACAUAAACAGCAUGUAAUAACAAUGGAACUGAUGGUAUAUGCUUUUGGAAUGCUACAGCUAAUAUUUGCAAAUUGAGGGAAUGCGGUGAUGAAUAAAAGGGUACAAAUGACUAAUGUAAGCUUAUUUCUGUCACAGGAGGAUCAUGCACAACUGAUGGAACCAAAUGCAUACCCUUAUCAACAUGCUCAAGUUAUGUUGAAGCUGGAUGCUUCAAUGGAACUGAUGGAGAAUGUACAUUUGCAUUACCAGUUGGAGCUACUACAGGAAACAAAAUCUGCAGAUUAAAAUAAUGUGAAGAUAUUUCUGGUGGAACUUCAAAUGCUAACUGCAUGGGAGUUAUUUCUGGAAAGUAAUGUGUAUCAAAUGGAGUAAGUUGUAUUGCCAAGUCUACUUGUUCAACUUAUAAAACUAUUACUGCUUGUAAUGGAGGUGGUUUAGAAAAUAGUAAAUAAAUUUUUUGUGCUUUCACUCCUACUGGAACUGAUAAAGUUAACGGAACUUGCAAGACAUUCUCAGCAUGCGCUGAUGCUAACAAAGAUAAAUUGGCAUGCACAACUAAUCCAUCAUGUAAAUGGAAUGAAAACUCAACAGGAACAUCCUGUGUUAAUCAUACAUGUGAUACCUUUGCCACAGGAACUGAUUGUCAACCAAUUCCAAGCUUUGAUGGAGCUUCAUCCACUGUUUGUGUUCUUUAAAGUGGAAAAUGUGCAGCUGCUGAUCCAGGAACCAUGACAGAUUCCAAGAUUUGCUACACUAAAUCAGCUUACACUUAUAGUUGGAAUGCAUCUACUAAUAAAUGUGAAAGUUGCCUUUCAGGAUCUGUCAAUCCAAACAAUUCAAAUAAUACAAACAAUUAAACAGAUAAUGGAUCCACUACCGAUAGUUCUUACAUCUUAUCAGUUGUUUCAUUAGGUAUUUUGGGAUUAAUGGCAUGA